GCAAGCCAAAAUGCCACAGUAAGCAACAGAUGCGGGUGAAAGAUCCAUCAAGAACCAACCCUGAGAAGCCAAAGAGAAGCAAAAGGCCUAACAGGCCACAGGAUGAGGACUCUUCAGAUGAUAUUUCAGGCUUAACCUGCCAGCACGUGAGCCAAGCAGUGGAUGUGCAUCAUGUGAAGAGAGCGGUGGCUCAGAGCGUGUGGUCAAUCUGUGCGGAAUGCCUGAAGGAGAGGCGCAUGAGCGAUGGUGAACCCGUGGCGCCUUCAGACAUCUGGCUGUGUCUCAAAUGUGGCUCUCAGGGAUGUAGUAAGAAUUCGGAAGGCCAGCAUUCUCUGAAACACUUCCAAACUGCACGCACAGAACCUCACUGCAUCGUUAUCAACCUAAGCACAUGGAUCAUAUGGUGUUAUGAAUGUGAUGAAGAGCUGUCAACACAUUGCAACAAAAAGGUUCUGGCUCAGAUAGUUGACUUCCUUCAAAAACAUGGUGCCAGGGCUGAACCAAGUUCAUCAAAAAUCAUACGUCUUCGUGAAGAAAACAGUGAAACAAGUGAAAUACUGAAAGGAAAAAGCUCUGGUAAUGGUGCAUCAGUUCCAGUUAAAGGGAUAAAUAAUUUAGGAAAUACAUGCUUUUUUAAUGCUGUCAUGCAGAACUUGGCACAGACUCAUGUACUAAAUGAACUCAUGUAUGAGAUAAAGGAGAAAGGAACAAAGUUAAAAAUCUGUCAUACUUCAGAUUCUCAAUUGGAUCCUUUGGUGGUAAACCUUUCCAGCCCGGGACCUUUGACUUCAGCAAUGUUCUUGUUCCUUCACAGCAUGAGGGAGGCUGGAAAAGGUCCUCUUUCUCCCAAAGUGCUGUUCAGCCAGCUUUGUCAAAAGGCUCCUCGAUUUAAGGGAUUCCAGCAGCAGGACAGCCAGGAGCUUCUGCACUAUCUGUUGGAUGCAAUCAGGAUUGAGGAGACAAAACGUAUACAAACUGGUAUCUUAAAAGCGUUUAAUAACCCAACUACUAAGACAGCAGAUGAAGAAACUAGAAGAAAAGUCAAAGCAUAUGGAAGAGAGGGUGUGAAGAUGAACUUCAUAGAUAGGAUCUUUGUUGGUGAAUUGACUAGCACUGUCAUGUGUGAGGAAUGUGAAAAUAUUUCAACAGUAAAAGAACCUUUCAUUGAUCUUUCACUUCCUAUAAUAGAGGAGAGGAAUCAAUUGAACCAUGAGAGACGGCUUGCCAGAAAAGCUUCCUCAAAGGAAGAAGAAAGAAGUCCUGUUAUCAUGCAGGAAAAAGCCAAAAAGCUUGAGCUGGAAGGUAGCUCUGGUGUCCUGUACUCCAAAGACCCCACUGCUGAGGCAGCUGUCAAUGGAAGCCAGACAGAGGGCAGUGAGAAGGAAGCCAGCCGCUCUGAAAGCAGCUUUGAUGCAGACAGUGAAGCCUCAGAAAGCGAAAGUGCUUCUAAGCAAACAACUUUGAGCCCACCCAGCAGCGUGUCUGGUGUGCACGUCAACCACUUAAACCCUAAAACACCACACAACAAGCCGAGCAACAGCAACGAAGAGAUGAUUUCCAGUGCCAUAUCCAAGCUUAGCUUCUGUGAGCCUGUAAAUGAAGAUAAGAGACCAAGCUGUGGCGAUCCAGCAUUGGGCUUAUCAAAUAAUUCCAUGUUCUCAGUAGGCAAAUCCUCACUAUCCCAAACCCCUCAAAAUGCUUUCCAGACACUUUCCCAAAGCUACAUAACUAGCUCAAAGGAAUGUUCUGUUCAGUCCUGCCUUUACCAGUUCACCUCUGUAGAGCUCUUAAUGGGGAACAACAAGCUUUUAUGUGAGAGCUGCACAGAGAGGAAACAGAAGUAUCAGAAGAAAACCAGCUCCACAGAAAAGAAAAUGGAAGGUGUCUACACAAAUGCUCGGAAACAGCUGCUGAUUUCUUCAGUUCCUGCUAUUCUUAUUCUCCACCUGAAAAGAUUCCACCAGGCUGGUUUGAGUCUACGGAAAGUAAACAGGCAUGUGGAUUUCCCAUUGAUUUUAGACUUAGCACCAUUUUGCGCUGCAUCUUGCAAGAACGUUAUGGAUGGUGCAAGAGUGCUGUAUAGUCUUUAUGGAAUAGUGGAGCACAGUGGGUCAAUGAGAGGUGGUCAUUAUGCGGCGUAUGUGAAAGUCAGGACAUCUUCCAAGAAAUUGCUAGAGCAUAUUUCUACCACUAAAACCGUUCUGGGUUUAAAAGAAGCCAUGGGAACAUCAGGAGGACAGUGGGUGUACGUUAGUGAUGCCCAUGUUCAGAUGGUUCCAGAAUCAAGAGUACUAAAUGCACAAGCAUAUCUACUUUUUUAUGAAAGAUUAUUACUAUAAUUCUUAACACUUUAAUUUCAAAGAUGGUAGUGUUAUUUAGUUUAUCUUAUUUAAAGCUGCAGUGGUAAGAGUACCUGUAAAUAUUGUGCCUUUAUCUUGUAGAGAAUUUAUCAUAUUUUGACUCUGAAGUUCAGUUAAACUAUCAUAAAUAUCUGAAUGAUUCUCUUAAAGUAUGCACUUUGCCAAACUUUUAAAAUUCUGGUUUCAUUAAAAUGCAGUACCAUUAGAAUGUAAGAUGAUGUCCUAUCCUACUGAGGUCUAGGGAAAGUUUGUUUUUGAUUAUAAUAAAGAUAAGCUUUUGCCCAUAGCUCUAGAACAGUUGAGAAUAGAAAUACUGAUAGCGUUAAGUGCCUGGAUUUGCUGGUGUACAGUAACAAUACAAAGUGUUCAACUUCUUUUGAUCCAGCCCAGACCCUUCCCAUCACUGGGUUGGAUGUCAGCUGUUAAGAUUCCUGCAAACAAGAACCUGUCAAAGUGUGUCGCUUCCAUGUUUAGUAAUUGGAAAGCAGAGUCCUUCCAGAGUGGAGUAACAACAGCUGUCUCUGGGUAAUGCACUUUCCUGAUAAGAGCUGGGAAUAGAUUGGGAAAAUGAUGGCUUCUAAAUAGUGGCAGUGAACCCUCAGAUACCCAGUACCCUUUCAGUUGUCUGCAACUGGCACUGGUAUAGCAAUGUACUCCUGUUUCAAUAUAAGUAUGUACUUGGUGUGCGUAAGUAUAUCCUCCGAGAUACAUACACACACCAUAAAUCCAUCAACAGAUAUUGUUAUUUUACCUUCUAGGAAAGAGAAUUGCAAAUAAUUUCUGUAUUUAGUAAUUUUUCAACUUCACAAUUAUGACAAUGUACAGCAUAUAAGCUUGUGUAUGUACAGAGUUUAAGCAUAAUUCAGUAAAUGCUGUUACUUUUGGUUCUAAACAUGAACUGGUUUAUCUGUUCCUGAAUACUUUUCUGACAGGAGUAAUAAACUAUAAAUUAUUUUUGCACUGUGUGUAUGAGUUGGACAGUAAAUGAUGACUUUUGCCCUCUGAUACAUGUCUGGACUUCCUUUUGUCAGCAGUGGGGGACAGCAGGUGUCCUAGUGGCAGAACUGGUUUUUCUAGACUUUUUGACUGCCCUGUUUUGAGGUGUUACUUCCUUUGGUAAUUUCUUAUUUCCAUCCCAGAGAGUAACAGAUACAUUCUACGGUCAAGACCUGAUGACUACUUGAAGUUACGUGGUAAUUAAUUUAUUUAAUAAGCUGUUACUGAAAUACAAAUUACUUCUGUAACAGUUCCAUCCUCUAUGACUUGCUCUUUAGUAGAGAAAAAACUGUUAAUACAUGCUUACUGUUUUCAUUUAUAGUAAUAUUUUUUUAAUGAAAAAACAUCCUGUCCCUAUUACUGUCUGUAGCACAUGUUGUCAUACCUAGCUGCCUGACUCUCCUAUUCCCUAGUUCUGUUUCAGAGCUUCAUCCCACUUGCAUUCCCUCUUUUGCAUGAGAACAUGGCAGAACCUGCUAGAAUUGCAUUUGCUCAAACUCCUUAGGUGUAUCUUACAGCCACAGUACUUGCACAUUCUUGUGCAGGCACUAAGGAUUGUAGGCCAUACAACUGAUUGUCAUAACGGAGUGAGCCCCUGGUUGCACAGGAUUUUAUUUUUAAAAGGAAAACUCCUCUGUUCAGAUCAAAAUUAGGCUAUGUGUUUUAGCCAAAACAAUGGGGUUUUUUCCUUCUACAAAUGAAAAUUGUCUCAGUCUACCCAAAAGUAGUAAAACUGAGAGAAACCAAGCAGCCAGCUUUAGCCAUCUGUAUUCCAGCUAACAACAUCUUAACCUGAGUCUACACUAAGUAAGAAAGAAAGAUGUUUAGAGGAGAGUUGGUUAAAAUACCCUAAUUCUCUUUUAGCUCCUUAUCUUCCCGUACCAUUCAUCCACCUACACACACCGGCCUUCUCUUUGUAUGUAAUUGAUUAAAACUCAGAAUUAGUUACAGGCAACAGUCAUAGCAAAUGGCAACUAAGUGUCACUUGUGUGACACAAUCUUGCUAGGAGAACUCCACCCUAAAGCAGACAGACUGAGUAGCUGAUGCCUGACCUUCCUCCUUUUGCUGACUAUUGUAAAACUACUGAAUUUAAGUACCUGUAUUGAUCUACUUUUUAGCCUAGAACUACUUCCCUAGACUGCACAACUAGGAGAGAAACUGAACAAGGUUCUUAACCUGUUACUUCUUACUUUUUAUGCCAUUUUCAGGAAAUUCCUGAGGUGGUCUUUGCUUCUUUAUAUCUGGAGUUUGCAGAUUGGACUGCUGAAAUUUUCCCAAGUGGACAUAACUGACUAGGAUGCCAUAAAAGAUGCUGGCAGGAUUAUUUUCUCAUUAACAGCCAGGGACCAUUUACUUGUGUUUAGGUAUUUUACAGAACAUGGAGAGAGAGUACCAUGAAAAAGAGCCAAUGCCUUUAUCCAAGAUAGCCAUCACUGUUGCCCCUGGAUGAGGCAUUCUGACUUGAAAUAAAAAGCUGUGUUGGCAGGAGCUCUAAGCCUUGAGUCAGGAACAGGUAUGAAAAUACUACAGAAGGAAGCAUUCUCUAAAAAUGAAGGCAACAGGUGAAGUUAUGCCUUCGAAGUGAAAAAACUGAUGACCAAUGCAAGACGUCACACACAAUUGUAGAUGCAAGUCAUGGUGUCCUUUAGACAGACAUAGGUUUUUGUGUAAAGUUUGGCUCUAAAGAAACUACAUAAAUGUGUGUACUGAAGACUUGUUAUAGUUCCUUAUCAGGACUUGGAAAAGAAGCUCAGAGAAUUCUGGGAAAACAAGGGUGUACAUCCUGUAUGUGCUAGAAUGUUAAAUAUGAUUCUAGAGUCUAGGAGCUGCCGUUUCCUGCAACUGCCAGAUGUGUGCACACUACUGAAAAGCUAUGUGUUUUCAGAAUUUAAGUGAAGGGCUUGAAAGUUUAAGAUUCUCCUUAAAAUAUCUUAUGUUACCAACCAAAAAUCUCUUCAGGCCUACAGCAUCUACUCUUUACAGAGCUUCACUAUAUUUUUGUGGUCCCCCACCCUGAGAAAAUGCAGUAACCUGUGUCUUCGUGUGGAAUAGUUUCAAAAGGGCUUUCUCUUCGUCCCACCCUUCUCUUCUCACAAGGGCACCACUACUUUCUUCAUCAGCCCCAUCUGUUCUUUAUGUUUUUGGGGUCUCCAUAGGCCUCUGUGUCAAUCUCUUUGCUUUCAUUGAUCCUUAAACAUAAUAUAGUGGUUCCCAAUCUCAUUACUUACUCUGUGAACUUGCAAAGCUCUUGCAGGAAGAGCUACUGUAGCUGUAGUCGGGCCUGUCCUCACCACCACACUGGCUCUGCCUACAGGCUGCGACACCAAUCCCUGAGAAAAGCUGUGACUCCUGAGCAGCUCUCUGCUGACCAGUCACAAGACAGCUCCUGUAAAACAAUUACAAAGGAUUAAAAUUAAACAGUUCCUCACUCACCAGUAAGUAAACUUCACCCAUGGGAAUUACCUGAUUUACAUAUAUGGACAACUGGAACCCCCUACAAAAGUUUCCCCAGAACAGAGACAUCAACAAAGACCACUGCAUCAGCUAAGCAGUUAGUACAGAUUAUAAGAAAGAGCUUUGUUAUCUUUGGAUUUAUAUAUAAUUUAUGCCAAAAGUGGCAAAAAGUGAUGGGGAGGUUUAUUAUACUAACCUGUCUACAAUAUGUGUACAGACACUAUGUUUGCAUUAGUCUGUUCUCCUAAGAGAUGGCUACAAAUAGAGGGGAAGGAAAAACAAACCCUGAACUUUGCCACCCAAAAUGUACACACUGAAAUCGCCUUUGUUUAGAAAAUUACAUCCAUGCAGUCUGCCAAACCUUCCUCCCCUUUCCCAUCUGCACCCUCUGUAUGUAUCAAUGAAGUGCUCUUGCUAAUGGAUUUCAAGUGGUAGCAGGUGAGAGUGGUUUAUAAAUUCAUUAAAAGGCUGAAAUGUCUUAACUUCACCAUUUGCUUCUCUGUAUGCUUCUUUUUUAUACUAACACAAACUGGAUCAUAAAGGGACAUGAAAUUAAUGCAUCUCCAUUCUCAACCCAUUAUAAAAAUCUUAUUUGAACAUAUUGGUAACAAACUAAGAAAGGAGUAAUUUCUUUAGUAGAAACUCUAAGAUGUAUUAAAAUGGGAACAAAUUAGAUGGGAACAAAGAAAGCAUUCAAAUACAACUCUUCUGUUAACAAAAAUUAAUAAAUUCAAUUUUCAUUAAAAAGUGGUAACACACCUCAGAAAACAGCUUUACAGCAGCCCUGAUUAAACAAAGAUUUGAUAUUCCUUAGUUUUCAAUAUCUGGACCCUCUUUUGCUGUACCCUGUACAAAUUCAUGCCUUCAUACAAAGAUUUAUAUAUCUAUGUGAAAGAAAUGCCACUACUGUUCAGUAGAAUCAUUUUAGUCGAAUUAUUUUAGAACAAAUUAUUAUUGCUUCUGUGUCUAUUUGCUGUAUCUUAGGCUGUUAUUUUGCCAGCUGUUCUAGCUGUUGUACCUCUCCUGUUGGUGUAUAAACAAAUUGCAGAAAUGGUGGAAAAGUGAUUAUUCAAAAUGAUUCGUAAUCUAUUUUUUUUGUAAAUGAGAUUAUAAAAUAUAUUUUCAGAUGGAUGUCUUAGUAUAAGUCAAAACACUUGACUUGCACAACAUUAUAUAAGACGUCUAAGUGAAUUUGUAUGUUCUAAUAAAACAGUUGCAAUGCAUUGCAACCACUUCAAAACUA